UCAGGAGUAGGAGAUUCUAUCCAUUGAAGAUUUAUAUGCACAUUAGUUAGUUUUGCUUCUCACCCUCUGUUGUUUAUCCAUUCUCGUUGCUGCUGUUCCCUAUCUAAUUGCUAACAUAGCCGAUGGAGUUUCAUAGUGAUAUGCAGCAGUGUGAUAAAAUGCUCCAAGAAUAACAAAAAUAACCUGUCAGUAUGCUGCUAGGAACAUUGACCCAGGAAAUUAAAAACCGCAUGGCAUAGUGAAUAAAAUGUAUGCCUACCUGCACUCAGCCAGGCCGAAAAGCUGCUUUAUCUGUUCUUAAUAUUUUCUAUGCUGCCUUCUUUCCUGUCAGCCAACACUUUAAAAUCUGCCUUACCUCUUCUCCUGCGUCUCACAAUGAGCUAGAUCUGGAUCUUGCCUAGGAACAGAGCUGCAUCUGUAAGCGCCAGUGAAGCCAGCAGCAAGCGGAAAUGAAUUGCAUGGUCCUUUCUGCCAGGGCAACAUAACAUGAAAAUCAUAUGAAAUUGAAAUUUUCCAAACUUUCCUGGAUAUGCUCGUGUAUGACAAGUAGGCAAAGAUCGUCCGUUGGCUCAGUGUGAAGAGAUCGUACUCUUCUGUGUUGGCGCUGUGUUAAACAAAUAGCUAUUUUCAGGGAGAUGACAGUCUGUCUGCUGUAACCUACGAAUCUGACACAGAGAUGAAACGGAAGAAGAAAACGUCUCAUAAACCCCCAAAGUCACCAAAAUCUCCAUAUAUCUCCAGCACAUACCUGUAUCCUAAAAAGGCUGCAGUUUGGAGGUCCUUGAAGGGAACAGGGAUCAUACACCAUGAAAACCCAAUGGCUAAAACACCAAGGCAGAUGUGGCUAGGAUCUCUGAAGCAAGCAGGUAUGAGCCAGGCCCUGAAAUCAGACUUUGAUGUGGCACAUGCACGAAAUAACCUUUCCAGCAGCACUCCAGAAUAUCUAAAGGAAGCUCUAGGCAUGAAAAAGCCAAAGCAUGCUCGUUCUUCUAGCAAUGGCUACAUCCCUGGAACACCUGACUACAAAGAAAAGGAAGAUAUGUAUGAUGAGAUUAUUGAACUGAAGAAGACAAUACAGGUUCAGAAAAGUGAGGGGGAUCGGAUGAAAACAAAGAUCCGACGACUGGAGAAGGAGAAUAACAGGAAGGAUCGACAAAUUGAGCAGCUGUUGGAUCCUUCCAGGGGCUCUGAUUUUGCCCAGACUUUGGCGGAGAAGAACGAUACUAGAUGGGUAAUCAAUGGGCUGAAGCAGAAGAUUCUCAAGCUGGAACAGCAAUGCAAAGAGAAAGACAACACUAUCAAUAAAUUCCAGACAGAUGUGAAGACCACUAAUUUGGAAGAGAUGAGGAUUGCUAUGGAGACCUACUAUGAGGAGAUUCAUCGUCUCCAAACCCUGCUGGCAAAAUCUGAGGCUGUGGGGAAAAAAUCCCUUCCAGAGAGCAGAGAAUCCCAGAAACGGCUGAAGGUGCUGAAUGCUGCUGUUCUGCGAUUGUCCAAGAACAUCAAAGAGCUGCAAGAUGAAAAUAAGAGCCUGAAAGCAGAUCUAGACCGAGUGCUGAGCAAUUCCCCUGCUUCCAGCAAAACAAAAAAUUACAGUGAGUGGAGCAGACAGAGGCUGAUGAGACGGAUUUCAGAACUGGAAAAAGAAGUGCAUGAGAUGGAGAACAACAGAUUGCAGUCAUCAGCUAAUGGCACAUCACCAUUGCUUGCUCUGCCACCUUCAGCUUCUGUACAACUGGAUCAGCCAGACACUCAAGAACCUGACCCCCUUGAAGAAUGUGAGCAUCUACGAGGGCUGGUGAAGAAACUGAAAGGUGAUAGGAGUGCACUUCAAAAUCAGCUGGCCAGUAAAUAUUCAGAGGUGAAGCAAUUACAGCAAGCAAAGACUGAAUUGGAGAGGGAACUGCAAAAGCUGCAGGAGAUGGAGAAAGAAAAGAGUGAAAAAGAGGAGACUUUGAGGGAGGAAAUCCAGAGCCUUACACACAAAGUGAGAGAACUGGAGGCGGAACUACAUGAAGACAAGAGACAAACUGCAGAUGAUACCAUGGAAACGCCAAACAAGCCUUCAUUUGCCUGCUUUCAUCAGGGCAAAGAAGACAACAGGAAGGAGCAAGCAGCCAUACUCAUCCAGAGCCAGUGGAAGGCAUACAGAAACAAGAAAGAAGAAAUUGCUCUGGAUCAGGCGGCUGUUGUGAUUCAGGCGGCUUUCAGGGGACAUUUAGCUCGGCAGAAAUUGUUAUUGAACAACACACUCAGUCGAAAAUCUCCCACCAUGCAUAGCCUUGGAAAUAAGGUAACUGUUGGGGGCCCCAACAUGUCUCACGGGUCCAGCUCUUUGAGCUUGUCUUCUGACUUCAAGGAGGACGAGGAGGUUGUGACAUUCAUCCAAUCAGUUUUCCGGGCUCACUUAGCACGUAAAGGACAACAUGAGGAAAGGCCCUCUGUCUCCAGAGCUUCAAGUGAAAGAACAUUCCCUGCUGUUUCCAAUAGGAAGAAGAAACAAAUAUCAUCAUCACUCAGGAAACCUUUAUCUUCAGCCUUCACAUCAACCUCUCCUGAUGAUGAAGACAGUGAAGUGACCAGUGAAGAAGUUGUGGAGGAACUUACUGCUGAAGGGAGAGAGAGGAGAUCAAGGGAACACAAACUUUCCUCCUUGCAGCCCUCUUCUGUCUUGUCCUCCCAGGACCAGUUGCAGCCCACAUUCUCUCCGCCUUUGGAUGAGGCUCACUCAGACGAUUCGGAUGAUAAUGUAGUCUCUCCAUCCCUGCUGGUGAAGAAAAAUUACUCCCACUUCUAGGUUCGGGGGAGGGGGGAGGGGUUCGUCUCACUCCCGUUUGCAGGCCUGGCUCACAAACAAAAGAAAAAUGUUUUCUUCUUUCUGGCAAGAUAAAGCAAGUAGAGGGUUAAAAGGGGCACUGUCACCUUAAAGCCAUUGUUAUUUCAGCCAUGAAAAAUCCUUCAGUUUUAUAUAACCUCUCUACUGACUGGAUCUCUCUAACCUCAUUACUGUAUUUCUUUUCUGUUCUUAUUGUAUUUAGAAUGGGGGAGUUACACUGUUCAGUAGUUGUGCAUCAGCAGAAUCCUUACAGUGCUGUUGAUGUGCAUAAGGCUUCACAGUCAGGAAAGAAGAGAAGGUCCAUGCCCUAAAGAGUUUACAAUCUAGAGCCCCAAUCCUGCAACUCUUGUCCAGUUUUUACUCAUGUGAGUAGUCCCAUUGACUUUAAUGUAGAGUAGAUGUGGCUACAAGAGAUGAAAAUAGAUAUAGGAAGGAACUGCACGCAUUGGGCAAGAGGAUGCAUGCACAGUGUUCUCGAAUGCAUGUUUGUGAUCAUCAGCUUCUGUGUGCUAAGUGAAACCAUGCCAUAAGAUCCGCUCUAUUUAUUUAAUAGGUACUUAAUUUUAAUUUUUUGUGCUAAAUAUAUCCAUUAUGUGCAGAACUUAGUUUAAGGCUUUUAGAAAGCUAUCUCUGUCAUAAGUAUAUUAUGCCAUAAGUGUGUCUGCAGUUGAACUUAAAUUAUUGCAUUUACCAAGUAUGUAUUUUAUAGUACGUAUUGUGUACUGCAUUGUAUGUGAAAUAUGUAACCAUGUAACCCAUUACAUUUACUAUAAUAGUAUCCAUGGAGAGAAUGCAUAAUGGCGGGGAGUGUUGUGUGAGGGAUAACUUCGUGUUUAUGAUAUGUAAGUGGAGCAAAGCAGAACCACAAGUGGAUUGUGCAAAGUUAUCUUUAAUGUGUGAAAAUAUUUCACAGAGGAAAUACACUAUAUGUUCUGUUUUAGCUUACUGUCCUUUUCAAUGUUUGAAAUGUCAUCUAUACAGAUGGCUCAAUCUGUUGAACACUACUGUAUUUUAAAAUCUGAUAUUAUUUUUCCCCUGCAUGUCAUCUUCUAUCUGAGGUUCUCAACAUGAUUUAUAAACAUUAAUGAAUUUUGCACCCUUGUGAAGGAGGUAAAGAUUAUUAUCAAGAAACUGUGGCACAGAGUGGUUAAGUGACCUACCCAGGGCCACACCGGAAAUCUGUUGCUCUCUUGAUUCUCAGUCCUCUACCUAACCUUGUCCCAUCUUUCCUCCAUAGUGGCAGAGAAAUGAGCUGUCAAUAAUUCACAGGACGGCUUAAACACAAGUGCAGUUUGUGGGGAGUGAAAAGGAAUAUUGCAUUCUAAUGCUGACUGUAACUAAAGAAAAUAUACUUUUAAAUGCUCCUUCAUUCAGUGUUGAUUGAGCAGGAGUGCAAAUAGAUGUCGCAUACAUCAGAAAGCAAUCGGAUGUUUCAGUUCUGUACAUAUGUUCAAUAACUCGGUAGGAUUCUUAGGGAGUCCACCCAUUCUCCCGAGUAGAGGGCUAACACUGCAUUUAGUAGCUGCUUGCUAAGGAUGUCAUCCAGGAGUUCUUGAUCCCUUGUACACCCAAACCACACUUCUAGGUAUAAGAUUUUUAUCUCAUUCUCUCCCUCCUUCUCUUUUUUAAAUUAAAAGUCAGUCAGCAUUGUUAUGCGGAAUACUAAUAAGUCAGUUCUUCAUUGCAAUCAGGGGACUGAGACUGUACUUUAUCUGAGGUUUAUCAGAGUUCAUGCCAGUACUUGCAGCCAGAGAGGAAACUGGAUGGCUGCAGGACAAUGCAGCUGAUUUCAUUUAAUUCCAUUAGUGGAAAUGCUGUCUGCACUAUUUCCAGAGGCAGUUGUUGGGAGCUCUCUAUACCCAGUGCAUCUGUAGAAUGUCAUUUACACGCCCAUUGGAUAGGGUAUUCCUGCUGUUACUGCAGUCACGUGAUUAUCAUGAGGGGGAUGGGAGAAAAACAAUUCUCUUGGCCGAAGCUGAAGGAAGACGUUUUCCUUCUUUUCUGAAACAGUCACAUAAACUAUGAGAGAGAUUGUCAGCUAGUUAAAAUGGUGGUAGGUCUGUAAAAGUUGCUUAUGUCUAAAAUCUUAGGUCUUAAACUGUGGUUAAGUGUCAUGGAUAUGCCUGUAGAGACUAGAAAGAGCUCAGGGCUCUGACAGAUUAAGGGGAUAGUGUGUGGUACAUGGCUUGUGCUAGGGCCAAGACUGGACCAGAAUGGCUUCCCAGCCUCUACUCUGUGGGGAGAUACUUGGAUGAUGAAUAUAAUGGAUAGAAUACUCUCUUAAAAUAGUAGGCAGUAAUAAAGAGCUAUAUAACAAAGCAUUAGGAACCAGAUACAGAGCAGAGAGGCUUUCAUUUUCACUAAGCAGUGAAUCAUUUUAAAAGGAUAUUUGCAGUCAGUAAUAGCAUCAGCAGACAAGUUCCAGGAUAGAGUGGAGGGAAUAUCUCUCUGAGGCACAGAGUGAGUUCGGGGUAAAGGAGACACAACUUUGUGUGGGGUGGGACAAAUCAAAAUGUGUCUGGGGGGAGACUAAUUUAAAGUUUGAAAUCUGAGCUGUCAAAAAAAUGAUGUUCCCUUGAGUACUGCACUCCUGCUCAGCUCUUAGUUUGGAAAGUAACUGCACUCAUUUUAUAUCAGAGCCCUGACUUGAUAUGGGCAGAAGGGAAAAAGCUACAAUAUUAGUAGCUUUUACUGUUGCUUUUAUUUUAUUUUAUUUUAUUUAUUAAAGGAAUACAUUGAAAGCAAUAUAUAAACACUGACUAACAUUGCAAGCUUUAUUUUAUUCCUAUCUAUCUCUGAGUGUCAGUAACAAAAACCUGAGAGGAGGCUUGAAGGAAGGAAUAUUCUCAAAGUAGAUCACAACCCUACAUCCUCUUUCUCCCUACAAACCCACCAUGGAGACCAGGAAAUGAAAAUCAGCGUAGCUCAGGCCUGUCUAGACACAGUUCCUAUAAAAACUCAUUCAGGUUCUGAGAAAUAAAUGUUCACUGCAGAAGGCACUGAUAACCUCGUAAGGGCUUCAAGGCCUGAAUGAAAAUUAAACUCCAUUAUAACCUAUCUAAUCUAAUUGCAAAUUUUCCAUUUUGCUGUUAUAGAAGUGCUCUCUGUGCCAGUGUUGCCCAUUUUAAAUCUAUUGGAAGACAAAAUGGACGUGUGUGUGUGUGUGUGUGUUUGCAUGUGUUUAGUCAGAAUACAAACUUUCUUGAGACUACGUCUCCUCCAUUUUCUUCUUAGUCCUGAAGUGCCUAUGCUUGUAAAUACAUUUUAAACGUGGCAUCUAGGCCUGAUAUGUUUGUUGUAUUCUGCAUAGAAUUAAAAAAAGAAUUUCAGACAAAAAGCAGUUUUUAAUGUAGAUUAAAUGUAAAUGUAUUAACCUUGGAACACUAGGAAGAGCAAAUAUAUUUUAUGAUCUUUUUAAUAUUUUAUUUAGAACUGUGCAAAUGUUGUACAUAAUUUAUACUGAGAUCUUUUGGAUUUAAAAUCAAUUGUUAUAUAUUAUCCUCUAAUUAUUGAACUUUAUAAAUAAAGUUUGUUUAUAAAUUAA